ACACAGAGUCCGCCAGAAAAAAGUUAAUUUGUUGUCUUAAAUUAAAUAAAAAUGAGUAGCAAAGAAUGGAAACGUGUGGUCAAGUUGGAGUACAUGAAAAUUCGACAGCAGAAGCGCUACAAACGUGCCGAUGAAAUCAAAGAAGCAUGGAUUAAAAACUGGGACGAACACAAUCACAAUGUGCAGGAUUUGUACUGCGAAUCGAAGGUAUGGCAGGCCAAGCCAUAUGAUCCGCCGCACGUAGAUUGCGUGAAGAGGGCCGAGGUGACCAGCUACAAUGGAGGCACCAGUGGACCACAGCGUGUGCCCAUUUGUGUGAUCAACGCCGUCACGCCCAUUCCCACCAUGUACACUUGGGCGCCCACGCAGCAGAACUUUAUGGUCGAGGAUGAGACAGUGCUGCACAAUAUUCCGUAUAUGGGUGACGAGGUGCUCGACAAGGAUGGCAAGUUCAUAGAGGAGCUGAUCAAGAACUAUGAUGGCAAAGUGCACGGCGACAAGGAUCCAUCCUUCAUGGAUGAUGCCAUAUUUGUGGAAUUGGUGCAUGCGUUGAUGCGAUCACAUAGCAAGGAACUGGAGGAAACUGCCACAACCGCCACGGUCAAGAUAGAGUCGCCUACGACAAAAGCAAAGGACGAUGAGGAGAAAAAGGAGUCGCCUCCAUUGGUGGAGCCUACUCCAGAAACUUCUGCUGCUGCUGCUGCUACUACUACCACUGUUGACAGUAAGAAGGAUCUGCCUGCUGCGGAUGCAGCAGACACGAAACCCAAAGUGGAGGAUGUCAAGGAUAAACUGCCUUUUCCGGCACCCAUCAUAUUCCAAGCGAUCAGUGCCAACUUCCCGGACAAAGGCACCGCUCAGGAGCUAAAGGAAAAGUACAUUGAGCUCACCGAGCAUCAGGAUCCUGAACGACCACAGGAGUGUACGCCCAACAUUGAUGGCACCAAGGCGGAGAGUGUUUCCCGUGAACGGACAAUGCACUCGUUCCACACGCUCUUCUGUCGUCGCUGCUUCAAAUACGACUGUUUCCUGCAUCGUCACCAUGUACAGGGUUUGCAAGGACAUGCUGGUCCCAAUCUCCAGAAGCGUCGCUAUCCGGAACUGAUAACCUUUGCGGAUCCCUGCAGCAAUUCCUGUUACAUGCUCAUUGAUGGCAUGAAGGAGAAACUGGCGGCUGAUAGCAAAACUCCGCCCAUUGAUCCAUCGAGCUCCGAGGACAGCAAUGAUAGCAACAGUCAGUUCAGCAACAAGGACUUUAGCCACGAGAAUGGCAAGGAUAAUGGCAUAGCUGUGAACAGCGCUGAGAUCAACUCCAUCAUGGCUGGCAUGAUGAACAUUACCAGCACGCAGUGCGUCUGGACUGGCGCGGAUCAGGCGCUCUUUCGUGUGCUGCACAAGGUUUAUCUGAAGAACUAUUGCGCUGUGGCGCACAACAUGCUCACGAAGACUUGCCGCCAGGUGUACGAGUUCGCCCAGAAGGAGGCAGCCGAAUUUAGUUUUGAGGAUUUGCGACAGGACUUUACUCCGCCCCGCAAGAAGAAGAAGAAGCAACGCCUGUGGUCGCUGCACUGUCGCAAGAUACAGCUGAAGAAGGAUUCAUCAUCGAACCAUGUAUACAACUACACGCCCUGCGAUCACGCCGGCCCCUGCGACAUGAACUGCUCCUGCAUUCAGACGCAGAACUUUUGCGAGAAGUUCUGCAAUUGCAGCAGCGAUUGCCAGAAUCGAUUCCCUGGUUGCCGCUGCAAGGCGCAGUGCAACACCAAGCAAUGUCCUUGCUAUCUGGCUGUGCGGGAGUGUGAUCCGGAUUUGUGUCAGGCCUGUGGCGCCGAUCAGUUCAAGCUGACCAAGAUCACAUGCAAGAAUGUGUGCGUGCAGCGCGGAUUACACAAGCAUCUGCUAAUGGCACCCUCGGACAUUGCUGAAAAACAGGGCAUCUUUCUUAUAGGAACUCACAGAAGAACGACAUCGGGACACCACACUUCGGCGCACUGCACGCGUGCAAUGUAG